AUGAACGCAAUCGCGGCCAGCGUCGUAUUUGGUGUCCUUGCUGCAGUCGGGUGGGGCAUAGCGGAUUUUCUCGCUGCCUUCGCAUCCAAGCGGCUGGGCGUGCUGCGAACAGCGACCGGCGUGCAUUUGGCUUCCAGCGCGGUUGCGGCUGGAUAUUUCUUCGUUGUCUUUGAUCCCGCCUUUCUGACUUGGACGCAUUGGGCUGCGCUUGCGGGCGUGUCUGUGCUCGGUUUGCUGGUAUAUCUUGUGUUCUACCGUGCGCUGAAUGAGGGACCUGUUGCCGUAGUCAGCCCUAUAGUGUCCUCAUACGCCAUUGUAGUCAUAGCGCUUGCAAUGCUGUUCACGGGCGAACGGCUCAGCGGCUGGCAGGCCGCAGGAGCGAUAUGCAGCAUCGGAGGCGUCGUACUGGCGUCGUUCGAUCCUCGAUCUUUUUCGAGUACCGGCAGACUUAUCGGGUUGGGCGCGGCGCUGGCAAUCGCUACAAUGCUUGGCAUCGGCGUAUUAAGUUUCGCGCUGGGAAUACUGUCCAGGGAGCUUGGGUGGUUUCUCCCUGUCUAUAUCAGCAGAACUUUGACGCUAGGAUUGUUUGUGCCCCUCACUAUCGCAAUGCGCCAGUGGACAUUGAGGGGCGUUACGAUUCCUCUCGCCGUGGGCGUUGCAGUCGCAGGCAUCGUCGAGACUGGGGGAAUGUUCGCUUAUACGAGAGGGGCUGAGGUGGGCGUCAUCUCGAUAGUAGCUGCAGCCUCAAUCACAUAUCCGCUGAUUCCAAUGCUUGGCGGGAUUUUCUUGUUCGGCGAGCGACUGGCAAUCAGUCAAUGGGUAGGAUUGGGCAUUGCUCUCGCAGGGCUUUUCGUCCUUGCUCUUGCGCCGUGA